AGUUUCUGGUUUUCAUAAUUGUAUGUGCCGCCGGUUUGAAGAGUCAAAACAAACCUGUGUGAUUACUUUUAGUAGUGAUUAGAUUUUGUGAAAAACAUAUUAAAGAAUUGCAAGAUGAGUCGAAGGAAAAGGGCGAAGGUGGAAUAUCGAGAGAUGGAAGAAAAAUAUAAUCAGUUAGAGGAUGAAAAUGCUUCUGAUACAUCGGAGAAAUCUAAAACUGGACUUGUUACACCAGAAAAAAAAGUUGUGCCUGAAGUAAAGAAAGAGGCUGAUGCAGCCAUACCACAGUCAGUACCUACAUCUUCGGCGAUAAAAAUAGAAACAAAAGAAGAAGAUGACCAGGAUAGUGAUCAUGAGGAUCCACAUGUGAAAGAAUUACUUAACGGCUUAGAAGGGGCAGCAUUCCAAAGUCGUCUUCCAUUCGAUAAAUUAACUUCUACAGAGGCUGCAUGUUUCCCAGAUGUUUCUGGUGGUCCACCACAAACUCAGAAAGUUUUUCUCCAUAUAAGGAACAGACUCUUGCAAUUAUGGCUUGAAAAUCCCAAGCAACAGUUAAUCGUUGAAAAUGCUUUACCAGCCAUUGAACCACCUUACAACAGCGACACCGUACUAGCACGUCGAAUUCAUGCAUUUUUAGAGCGACAUGGUUUUAUAAACUUUGGCGUAUUUAAGCGAUUUAAACCAUUACCUACUAAGAAGUUAGGUAAAGUAAUCGUAAUUGGAGCCGGUAUAGCUGGUUUAGCCGCAGCUCAACAGAUGCAACAGUUUGGUUUAGAAGUUAUCGUCCUCGAAGCAAGAGAUCGCGUUGGUGGUCGUAUCGCAACUUUCCGUAAAUCCUCGUACAUUGCCGACCUUGGCGCAAUGGUAGUUACUGGUUUAGGCGGAAAUCCUGUUACAACGCUAAGUAAACAAAUUAAUAUGGAACUCCACAAAAUUAGACAAAAGUGUCCUUUGUACGAAAGCGACGGUCAAACGGUUCCAAAAGAUAAGGAUGAAAUGGUAGAAAGGGAAUUUAAUAGGUUAUUGGAGGCAACGUCGUAUCUUUCGCAUCAAUUAGAUUUCAAUUACGUGGGCAACGCAGGAUCGACGGGGCAAGGAGGUAACACGCGACCGGUGUCUUUAGGUCAAGCAUUAGAAUGGGUAAUACGCCUUCAAGAACAAGGUGUCAAACAACGUCAAGUAGCUCAUCUACGUUCCGUCUUGUCGCUUCAAGGAAGACUCAUCACUAAUCAACACAGGAUGAUAUCGAUCAUGGAUCGUUUGGUCGAGUUAAAUAAACAAUACAAAGAAAUGACCGAAAGCAAAUUACAGACACGCGAUAUAACGCAAGAAUUUGUACUGCGUUCAAAGUUACGCGACCUCCAUAACGCAUGCAAGGAAUGGGAUCAAUUAUCGGAACAGCAGAAAGAGAUCGAAGCAAAACUACAGGAAUUGGAAGCCUCUCCGCCUAGCGACGUGUAUCUGUCUUCGAAGGAUCGUCAAAUACUGGACUGGCACUUUGCGAAUUUGGAAUUCGCCAACGCUACCUCGUUGUCGAAUUUGAGUCUGAAACAUUGGGAUCAGGACGACGACUUCGAGUUUACCGGCAGUCAUCUAACAGUUCGCAACGGAUAUUCCUGCGUACCUGUUGCUCUCUCGGAAGGCCUCGACAUUCGAUUGAACACAGCUGCCAGGGCGGUCCGAUACGGGGUAAAUGGCGUAGAAGUGUGGGCAGCACCCUCGCGCAGCCCCCACACAAAUCACACGGUCUACAAGGCGGACGCUGUGCUGGUCACGCUGCCCCUCGGCGUCCUGAAAGCUUCCGCCCCGCCGUCCGCGGUCGCCUUCAACCCACCGCUUCCGGACUGGAAGUCUCAGGCCAUUCAGAGGCUUGGGUUCGGCAAUUUAAAUAAGGUGGUGCUGUGCUUCGAGCGGAUCUUCUGGGAUCCAACCGCCAAUUUGUUCGGCCACGUGGGAAGCACGACCGCGUCGCGAGGCGAGCUUUUCUUAUUCUGGAAUUUGUACAAGGCACCGGUUCUGCUGGCGCUGGUGGCCGGCGAGGCGGCCUGCGUAAUGGAAAACGUCAGCGACGACGUUAUCGUAGGACGAUGCAUCGCUGUUUUAAAGGGUAUUUUCGGGAAUCAAGUGGUGCCUCAGCCUCGGGAGAGCGUGGUGACGAGAUGGAGGGCGGAUCCCUGGGCACGAGGAUCCUACAGUUUCGUUGCGGUCGGCAGUUCCGGCAGCGAUUACGAUCUCCUGGCAGCGCCGGUAGCACCCCCGCCCACCCCUGGCGCUUCACCACCCCAACCGAGAGUCUUUUUCGCAGGCGAACAUACCAUAAGAAAUUAUCCAGCCACCGUCCACGGCGCGUUCCUCAGCGGUCUGCGCGAGGGUGGACGUAUCGCGGACCAGCUCUGCGGAAGCCCAUACGCGCCGCCAACGAUGCCAGCUUCCGUUCCGCCACCGUCGGGAAUUUCGUCCGCGACCACAGGCACCAGCUCUACGCCUUAGUAGUUCCCGCGAAGAACGCCACGUUCAAACGACGAUGAGCAACGCCGAGAACAAAAUCCUCCAGGAUGAUCUAUCGCGUUCGUUGCGUGUUCGGAGUUGAUUUCGUUUCAGCUGGCGCGUAUACGAUCAUUCGGAUGCGAAUUAGCUAGGAAAAUCUAUUUGCUGAUGAUCGGGCAGUCGAUUCGUUCGACGCGAGUUACCCCUCGAUCCUGUUGCGAUUCGGAUGGCUCUCUAUCUUUUUAAUUCACCGACGAAACAGCCAGACGAUGAGAUACAGAACCGUAGAAACGUGCAUUUAUGCGUUUGCGUCGCAGUCACCGGCCUUGACGCGAGAUCGGAAAAAGCCAAGAACCGUAGCAGGAUCAUAUCGAUUCAUAAUAGAAUAGAUUCGUGCCUUUGCUUCGUUUCGCAUUCGCGAACCUUCAGUUUGUAUCAUACUAUAGAAUCGGUCCAUUGUACUCUUAGUGUAUUCUGUUACAUCUUUUCUACCGGCUUGAAACCUCUAUGCAUGCUUCGCGAACGUCUCUGUCCGGAUUUCCUGGCCUAGGUAUCGUGCUUCCGUCGCUCGUCGACGCGCUCACCCGAUCGUCGCCAGCUUCCAGCACCGCUCGAGCGAGCCGCUCCGCUUCGCUGGAUCGGAACAGACGUUUUUCGCAUCCCGCGAAAUUGUUCGUUUUCGCGAGACUCGAGUGCACGCGUAAUUAACCACCGCGGGAGCUGUGGCCGAGCAUCUUCACGGUGGUUUAGGGGCAAUCGGUGGCGUCGAGUUCGCUGAUCGGUUCGACAUCGCGACGCCUAAUGGACAGAACGGUUUCGUAACAUCACGAUUACCGAUUAAUUCUGACGAAGAGCGAAGAGGACUCUUUGCGACUCUACUUUCUCGUCGCAUCUUUCGACCAACGCACACGUAUCUUUUAAGACAUUCCGACGUCCUGGAAUAUUUUAUAUCGCGCGCAAGUAAUUGUUUGUAACGUCCUUAUGCGCCGCGUUCAACCAUGGAUUGCUCGAGCUUGGGUUAAUCGGUUGCUCGCGACGCAUCCGAAUCGUGUAUACCCGAUGGAACAAAUAUAGAGACUCUCGUAAACGCAGCGGGAAGCCAGGACGAUACAGCCAUAAAUCAUCAUUCCAGAACCGCGCCUAGAAAGCCUCCUUGUCUCGGUGUGAAUUUUACAUAGGGACCCGCGAAGAAAUCUCGCUUCGACGAAACGAUAUAACCUGCAAAGGCAGCUAAUCUUUUAGGAGAAUACUUUUCUUCGGUGUGAAAAAUCCGUGAUUAAAGAAUACGGAGCUCUCGCCAAUUAAGGAAAAACUUAUCGUGCCUCCUAUACUCGAGAUGGGAGUCUCGAGGAAGUUGUUGUAUUCGUUCCACGUCUUAUACCUACGCAUGUAAAACCGCAUCGAUGAGCCGAUCGCGAGAUUACGAGCACGCGUAACAAUGUAUAAAAUGAAUUAGUUUAUACAGCGAACGCUCAUGUAUAUUGCGAUUAAAAGCAGAGUUGUUACGAUCCCGACGAGAAUCGACUGGAUUCGUUUUAGCGUUGCGUCCACCACCCUACCGCGACUACUCGUGGUGUAAUUCCGGGACUUAUAGUCGCAAGCUUUCUGGAGAUCGCGUUUCAGUCGACGGUUAUGCUUCGAUACGGUCGUUUCGACCCAUUUCGACGAGAAUUCCCGAUGAUCGAGUGACGCACCAUUGUGAGAACGUCUCGAAUCUCAACGUUCUCGUCACCCUCGAGAGACAUUCUCCUCCGUUGUCCGAGGAACACUUGGGGGUAAGUUAAGCUGUGCAAUAAGAAAUGUCAAUGUCUCAAGAGAGGAUUCCUGGCGACUAUUCGCCGCGGAACUGGGUGAAUUCGUUGCCGUUUCGCGUGCCACUCGUCGCGUAUCCCGUCAGUUUCUUCCCCGAAGCGCCUCUGACCCGGGACAAAAAGGUUCUCCUCGGUUCUUUCGCCAACGAUCGCUUCUUUCUCUCGAUAUUUCUUUUUCCCAUGAAUAUGACGUGCACAUGUCUAUAUCGCGAACGCCUAGGUUCGACGACCAGUCGUUUUAAUCGCAGUAUCACCAGCAAGCUACAGCAAUGUUCUUCUUCCCGUCACCGUUUCACACCCUAGUCCCGUCGCACACUCAACUCCCACUACUUUUUUUAACUACACGCAAGAAACAAGCGUCCGAUUGUUAGUAGGCUAUGUACAAUUUUUGUACUUUUGUAGCGUGUAUGUUUAUAAGACAACUUUCAUCGAAACGUUGAGAGCCUUAGGAUGAAAGCGAUACCAGACAUGAUUAUACUCGAAGGAUUUUUAAUAAUACGAUCGAUAAAACUUACGAUCAUCUAUUAACGCAUGUGUUGUUUAAACAAAUGGAUUUUUUUCGAACCGGUUCCACGUCCUUCUAAACAGGGCGCUUCAGUCCCAAGUCAGUGACGGGAAAAAGGAUAUUACUGUAUUUGAUAACUGGUAACUAUCGAGUCAACAGUGUACAUGGUCUAGGCUCGUUUGCAGACCGAACAUAGUGUUCCAAUUGCUACAAUAACGGAUAACAAUUUUUGUUAAUUAACAUUACGGUACCCGAUGAUGUAUUAUUCUUCCGAAUAAUUACGCGACAGCGAUCCAUAAAUUUUAAUUACAGAAACUGUCGCGCUCACAGUAGAUCGCUAAUUGACAGUGGGUGUGAAAAUCAUCACGCAUUGGUAUAUAUUUUUCGUUUACUUUCCCACGAAAUUCACGAUAUAUCUACACAUGUUGUCAACUUCGGUUUGCCCGCUUUUCCAGUGAAUUGCGGAACAUCUACCGGAAGGAUGCGAAGAAGAUUUCGUUGAACGAUUACGUAUGGGGCCUGCGUUUCCGACAAAAGCCCCACACUAUCAAAAAUUGAACGUACAAAUACUCGCAUUAGGAGUACUUACAGGCUUCAGCGCAUGGCCUCUCGCCUGGGGGAACCACCUCGUUGAUCAUGGUAUCCCCUACGCCAGGUUAGUAUGAAGCUACAAGUUUUCCGACGACAUCAUUAGUCCUUUGGUUCGUCAUUUCACUUUCGAGAAAGUUCGAAAAUCGAUGCUCCAUCCACCGGUAAUUUGGACAAACUAUCCCGAUAAUUGACUAACGAAUCGUUUGAUCGAUAAAUUGCAACCUUUCGCACCCAUUUGACAUUGGACGACAUGUUAACAUCAUUCAAAGAUUUUCUAAAUUAUUAAAUGAUUAUUAAAAGACGGGUAUAAAUAAGGUCGUUGACGGUUCUUCUACGGUAGGAUUUUAAUUCUUGCAUUGGUGUUACAUUGUACAUACGACGAUUGUGUUUAACCUAAUACGUGACAUACUUUCGAAAAUAAUUUCAUUUUGAGAUGAUAUCAUGCAUUAUUCAAUCUUUGUAUUGUCGAAUCGAGUUUUACUUUCACAGUGAAUGCAAAUACAUUUUCAAUUAUUCGAUAUUAGAAAAUGCUUCCUCCGUUGUAUCGUCUGUGGAGAGGCUCUUUUUUAAUAAAAGCGUAGGCAAUCUUCGCGUCGCAUGAAGCGAACCACUAGUCGAGGAUGCGAGAGUAGAAAAUUAUUCGCAUCCUCCGGGUGUUUCGUUGCAGAAUCGUCGCUUUAUCGAGGACAGAGAUGAACAAAAUUUCCAUUUUAAGAUAAAUAGCUUUUGCUUUGUUACACUUUUCAAUAAAAAAUUACAAUCAGAAUUAAAGGAUAAAUUUACGCUUCACGUAGAACGAAUUGAAUCUUAUUCCAAUAAUCAAACGAAUCG